GCCUGUCUGUGUCCUUGUCCUUGCAGGUACUGAGACCCUGAGUCAUUGUCUAUGAAUACACUGGCUGUCUGUACUGUAGUGAGUGUGUCCAAGCCAGCUAACCUCAAGGAGGAAGAUGUGGGAGAUGCGCACAGACACAAACAUAUGUCCUACAGAACAUGAAUGAAAAAGGACACUGAUGCUUCUGAGUGUGAAGUAACACACAUAGGUUACACUACAGAGAGUUCUGGACUUACCCUCUCUUUCUCUCUCUUUCUCACACACACACACACACACACACUCACUCUAACACACACCCUGAGACAUGGAUACUAUGGUGAAGCAGUCUCUGGCGGUGCCCAUGAAGAAGCUGUCCAGCUGUGUGACAGGAGUGAAGGAGAGAGAGGUGUGGGCCAGGCGCAGGGCCAAAAGGGGGACAGGAGGAGUAAAGAGCAGCCCUCCACGGAUGGGACAGACCUCCGUCAUACGCUCCUACCAAACUGACCUGGAGAAGGAGAGGAAGCUGAGGGAAGCCCUGAAUGCUCAGAAGCACGCAGAGAGAGCCGCCAUGAGGGAUCACUUCAGGAAGAAGUACCAGCUCUCCAAGAGUUCCAAGGACACCAGCCACCUGAGUGCGGCGCAAGGUAAAGUGGCACUCCCCCGUCAACUGGCUAAACUGAUUGGUCCUGAGACCCCGGCCAAGGACGAUGGCUACAACCUGCUGAGCGCCUUCCAAGGCCUCAACUUCAACAUGGGGAUGCUUGGAGGCAAGCAGACCAAGUCGUCCACUCCAAUGUCAGUCAAMGGAGAGGCCUGCAAAAGUCUGAGAGGGUCAUCCCUACCUCAGACCAUGUGGAGUGUAUCUGUGAGCCCGUCCGUGUUGCAGGUGAUACAGGGGAUGUGUGUGUCCGUGCGUCCAGCARCGUGUGUGAGGAUACAGAGGGGGAUGUGUGUGUGUCCGGCGGGGACAGUGGCAGGGCGCGGUGUGGAGGGGGUAACCCCCGCCAGAGGGGGUCCUGCAGGGAGGGGUGGAGGUAGAGGGCUGAGGCGGUUUGAGGAGAUCCCCCACACGGGCAGCAGUGGCUGGCUCAACCUGGUGAAGUUCUGGAGAGAAGACAGAUUUAAACUAUUACACAAACACAUGGAGAGGACAGAGUUAGUAAACUUAAAACCGUUCAGAGUUAAUACCUUAACCGUUCAGAUUAAUAUCUAUCUUCGCUUUCUUUCUUCUCUACCUUUCUCCAUUCUACUUCAUCUCAAAAUCUCUGUUUCUCACUUUUUCUCUCGUUCUCUUUCUCCAGCCAGUUGUCAUGUCCUGUAUGGAGAGCGUAUCGGUCUCUUCUCCACCUCUCCCUCCCAGGAGUCUCAGAAGUUUAUUUUUGCAGUUGAGAGAAUGUUGGCCACCACCCCUCCUCUCCUCUCCCUGCCCCCCCGUCUGCUGUGGCGCCUGGGCGCCCCCCUCUGGACACAACACGCCACUGCAUGGGACCACAUCUUCAGCCACGCUGAGAAAAGGAUCCAGAGAGGAGUCCAGCGUCUGCGCUCCACCCAGGCUGCAGGAGGUGGUAGUGGGGGUACAGAGGGAGAGUUCACAGGGAUCCUGGGUCAGCUGAUGGAUAAAGGACAGUUGUCUCUGGAGCUCAUUAGAGCCAACAUCACUGAACUCAUGGCCGGGGGAGUGGACACGACRGCGGUGCCCCUGCAGUUUGCCCUGUAYGAGUUGGGUCGUAACCCGGCAGUGCAGGAACAGGUCAGAGGUCAGGUGCGGGYAGCGUGGGCAAGAGCCGGCGGUGACGCCUACAAGGCCCUGCAGGGGGCGCCACUACUGAAGGGACUCGUCAAGGAGACCCUCAGGUUAUAUCCAGUGGGGAUCACUGUCCAGAGAUAUCCAGUCAGAGACAUCACCAUCCAGAACUACCACAUACCUGCUGGGACAUGUGUCCAGGCGUGUCUGUAUCCUCUGGGGAAGUCGGAUGUGUUUCAGGAUCCGGAGCGUUUUGACCCUGGUCGCUGGGGGGCUCAGGAGUCUGGAGAGGGCCUGGGGGGGUGGAGGGCCUCCCUGGCGUUUGGAUUCGGCGCCAGGCAGUGUGUUGGCAGGAGGAUCGCUGAGAACGAAAUGCACUGCUACAUCCUGUUGAGUUUCCCUCUCAGUGUGUCGUCUUAGGAGCUCAGCACUAAAUACACCUAAAUCCUCCAGCCUGAAACCCCACCACGCAUCACCUUCAGCAACCACUCUGACACACACCCACACUCACCCCCCCCCACACACACACACACACAUACACACCACACACACACCAUCGUUUAACCAACCAAACAAAUCAAUCAUUUUAUCAAUCCUUAUACAGUAAUCGUCAAUGAACUCACCAACAUCCUUACCAUAUGGUCCACAUGAAAACAUCAAAUAAUAAUAAAGUCCUAUUUUUGUCAAUAAAA